GUCAAUUAGGUCGUCCUCCUUCUGAUGACAAAGAGUGGCACAUGAUUCCAGGUUGUGUCACUCUAAGUGAUUCUUACAAGUCAAAGUGGAUAUCAGCAUCAAACAAUCAGACCUUUAUAUCAGUCGAUGAAUCACUUGUUUCUGAUGAUUUGUUGAACAAAACUGUUGUAUUUGGACACACUGAUUGUAUAGGUUUGCUGCCUCCUUCAAUUGAUGAAAUGAAGUCAAGUCUUGUUGUUAUUAAUCCAACCACUUUACUAUCUAAAAAGUUGGACGGUGAUGAGCAAGAGUCUCUCAGUGGGCGGAGUCUGUGUAUCGAUCCAGAAUAUAAUGUUCUGUGGAGCUUUGAUGUUAGCAGUUUUGAAAUAUGCUGUUAUAAUCCUGUAGCAGCUGAAGUUAAAGGUUUGAAAUGA